AUGACAGCUGAUUGGUGUGCAUUGCCCGAUGAAAUCCUCGGAGAAAUGAUGUUGAAACUAGAUUCUGCUGAAGACAUUAUAUACUUCUCUGCUGAGUGUACUGUGAAAAUGCCAUGGUUGAUGCUACCCGAGAACACGAAAGAAAACCCUAAUUUCUUUAGGAAACUAUUUUGUCCAAAUAAGCAAAAAUGUUACCAAUUGCAGCUACCUCAAACUUUUGGGGCUCGAUGUUGGGGUUCAUCAUGUGGUUGGGUUGUUACACUUGAUCUUAACCUAGAGUUGUAUCUAUUUAACCAUCUUAUCACAGCUCGACUUGGUCUACCCCCUCAACCAACCAUGCCUGACCAAGCCAAAAUAGAUAUUCAUAUGAUACGUGAUUGUUUUGUGGACAAAGCAAUUGUUUUUAAAGCAGAUGGAGGAGAUAAUGAUUAUAUCGUCAUAGCAAUACUUGGUGAGUAUUGCAGCCCAGUAGCUUAUGCAAGGACCGGUGACAAAACAUGGUCUUCAAUUCCAGCUUCUGAGACAUAUAAAAGUGUGGUUGAUGUUGUUCAAUUUGGUUCACAAACACUUUUCUUGUAUCAAAGAGGGGCGGUAGGAUGUUGUGACAUGAGUACCAUGACGGUAAUGGAAUAUCUACCCCAGCCUCAAGGUAUUUUGGAUAAUGUUGGACUAUUUAGAUUAUACUUGUUGGACUCAUUUGGCGAUCUUAUAAUGGUAGCACGACAUAAAAUGGAAGUUCUAAAUGAGGAUCCGGAUGCGGUUGAAGGUUGGGAUCUAGAUGUUUGUUAUCGAACAAUAGAUUUUAAGGUAUAUAAGCUCAAUUUUGGCAACAAAAUUUGGGAGGAAGUCAAUGACUUGGGUGAUGUCGCAUUAUUUGUUGGCAACAAUUCUUCUAUGGCAGUUGAUGUAUCAUGUACCAAUAAUUGCAAAAACAAUUGUAUCUAUUUCACUGACGAUGAGUGGCAAUUUUGGGAUGGACCUACUCUUUAUGGGGGGCAUGAUCCUGGAAUUUUUAAUAUUGCCAAUCAGGAUUUCGAGAUCCUUUAUGAACUAAGAGGAGGUGAGGCGAUGGGAGAAUUGCGGCUUCGAUGGGAAGCGAUGAAGCAGCAUGGGCAGCGGUGGCUAACAUCGGUGGCCAGGGUGUUUGCUUAUGUUGUUUGCAGUGAGGGUGAAGGGGAGCGUGAAUGUCCCCGUCAAGGAUGUCAUGGUGGUACUGGAACAGUGAGAGGAUCAAGAGAGGAAAAGCAGUGA